AUGCGUCGCUUAUCUGCUGAUAUCCCCGAAUACGACUUGCUGCACGCUAUCGGAGUUCCAUUUAGCAAUCCGAAGACCCAGUACUUCGAUGAAGGCCUCGACGGUUUUCCGGCUUACGGGCUCAAGCCGGGAUCUGAUAUUAAAUCUCCGUAUCGACUCUUUAUGCCCGAGAAACUUUACGCUGAAUUCUCUAUAACGGCUACUGUACGACCGGCAAAUAAGGACGGCGGAUUCCUCUUUUCUGUCGUUAACCCUUUGGAAACUGUUGUUCAGCUCGGUGUACAGCUUAUACCGUCUGGUCCCGGGUUGACGAAUAUUUCUUUGCUAUAUACAGAUGCGAAUAUUUACGCGUUAUCUCAAACAAUCGCUUCGUUCGUGGUACCUUCGUUUUCUAAGAAGUGGACACGGUUCGCAUUGAGAGUAACAAAUGAUAAUGUAACGUUAUUUCUUAAUUGCUUAGAGUUUGAUACGGUUGUUGUUAAGAGGAAUCCGCAGGAAUUAGUCUUUGAUUCUGCUUCGACUUUGUACGUUGGUCAGGCGGGUCCCCUCAUCUCUGGAGCUUUCCAUGUAAGUACCUAA